AUGGAGUACGAACCCACACUAUCAAACCUUUAUAGGUAUCCAUUAAUUGAAAGAGAAAGCAGCUCUCCAAACCCUUUGUAUUUGAAUCCCAUGGUAGAUAAAGACCUACUACAUUUGGACCUGUCCUCCGUCAAUGAAAGUGCGAAGAUGUCUCCAAAGGAAAAACAAGAAACUGACAGCUUAAAAAUAGUUGAUCCAUAUGCUAAGUUUCAGAAGAAGAGAACGCAGAUCUCCAAAGCACCUCCGAAACUUAUGGUUCCGGAAAGCACAGGAGAUUUUGGCCUUUUCUCUAAUAAGAGGGGGAGUGAGCACACUCACAAAGAGAUUCGGAGUGCUGUCCUACAAAACACUGAGAGCUCUAUUGGAAUCGGUUUCAAACUCAGGCUAGACAAGAACAGUGAAAGUAUCAUCAAGCUAGACACGUUUGAAGAGCGGAAAGAGGUUUAUUUCCCAAACAAAGAAUCUGCUGGAAAAUAACCAAAAUCCUAUGAAUCCUCACAAUUUCUUUAACCCUUUUAGCCACAAAUCUGAUUCUUUCGUCGAAGAAAACUUGUCAGAAUCUGAUGAAGUGGAAUCUCGUGCCAAAAAGCUUGUUGAAGAAGGAAGGAUUACACAAAACAAUAUUUCAUAUUUUGGGAAUAAAAACUUUGCACAGAAAGAAUCUUUAUCCAAGAAAAUUCAUGGAGAUUCUGGAUCAACCCAAAAUCUUGAAACUGAGAAAAGGAAAAGUGAAGAAAAUAGCAUGUCAAAAGAGGCAUCCUUAGAGAAAGGGAAUCUAAGGGAAGAAAGUAAACAGGAUUCUCAAAAUUAUCUUAAGUCUCCUGCGGAUGAUCAUCCAUACCCAAAUGAGAAGGUUCAGAUCGACCACCAAGUUUUUGAAACAUUUAGAAAUUUUAAUUCAAAGAAGGACAGUAGUGAAAAAAUCCUUGAGAACUUACGAAAAGAUUCUAACCAUGACAUCAGGUCUCCAAAUUUCUCGAACAAAGUGCCUGUAAUCAGUGACACUAAGAACAUGAGUGAAGAUACACCUACCAAAGAUAACGCUAACAGCAACUUCUCAAUGAGCCAAGAAAUGAUCAAUGACAUUAUCAUGAAACAAAUAGAUAAUGACAUGAGCGUCAUGUCUUAUGUCCAUGAGCAGAAUCAGAGUCAGAAGCCUACCAGAUCAACUCAUUCUCUUAGCAGACAGGAUAGGUGCUCGUCUGCAGUCUCCAGGCUUCACUCUAAACAUCUUGUUGGACAUGGGUUUAGUGAAAUAAUGUCAAAGAUCUCAGAAGAAAAUGAGAGAACCAAGAAGCUUUACAAAAAGAGGAAGAGAAAUUUCCGUAAGAAGAGGCAACUUUCAAAGGAAACCCCCUUCGCUUCUAAUAACUCUUCAAUGAACGAAUUUGUGUUUAAAUAAGCGUAUUGCUGAUGAUAUUUCCCAUAUGAUAAUCGAAAAUCUUCAGAAAUAUCAAGGCCAUCGCAAUGAUGGGGCAUCUUUUUCCAUUAAAAAGGAUACUACAAAUGCUAGCCCUGAACUGAGGAAGAAAUAAACUUAAAACUAAGCUGUUCGGAAGGGCAAAGCCGAAUCUUGAUAAAUAUUUCAUUUCAUUCAGACGGAAGAAAAGAAAUAUUGUUAGGGAGCUUUCUGCUCAUCCACAUAAUUAACAAUACUAGUUCAAUCGAUAUCAAGAUAGAUACAGGUCCUGAUAGUUUCCAGGGAAAACCGGCUGUUGCCUCACAAGGCUACAGAGAUACUCCCUUGAUAAAUACCGUUCACAGGAAGUCUCUCGGAGAUGAUGAAAAACCUACUAUCAAAAUUAACGGAGAUGUUAUCUUCAACAAACCUGUGAAUGAGGAAAGUUUCUCCAAGAGACUUUUUAAUCACAAUUCUAAUCGGAAGAUAGCCUCUGCAAAGAAUCGAGAUAACUUCAGGUUCAGUAAAAGGAAAUAAGUCAAUGUUUUCCCAAUUCAGCGCUGAUGGGGUGUAUAAGGAGAGUACCGAGAACUCUGUGAAAAUUGCUAAUAUGGAUAAAACAACAAUAUCUAAGAACAGUAAGAGAUCAGAACUGCUUUCACUCGUCAGCAAGCUUGUUCAUAAAUACAAGUCAUCUCUUCACAACAGAAAGAAUCAUACAAGAAGCGAGUCUAAGACUAAGAAAUUCUUUGGGAUUUCUCCUGUUGUCUCUAAUCCAAAUAUUUCUAAUAAUGAGACUAUCACACAACAUUCCCUUGCGAAGUGCUAUGCUUCAACAGCUUCUGGGUUUAAGAUUAUGAAAUUAUCGCAAGAAUUUUCAGAAACUAAGGCGAAUCAAAACGCAGAUAUUUUAAAAGCACCUAUAUCAGGGACCAGCCAUAUCCAGACUAGAAGACUUUAUCCAGGAGGAAAGCUUGAAAUCAUCAAUCUUAUGUCAGACAUAGAGUUGGCUGGGGAGUUCUAUAAGCCAAUAGUGCUACAGGGUAAAUAACAAAGUUAUCAACAACAAAUUCUCUGAAGGCUUUAUUAGGAAAGAGAUUAAGAAAAUCGAAAAACUUGCGAAGAACAAUGAAAUCCUAGCUAAGGGUACAAGAUUUAUGAACAUCAGGGAUGCUCCAUCAAUGUCAGUCCUUAGUGAGAAAUCUAAGGAAAAUGAGACAUCCAAACAUGAAGAACUUGAUUUAAGCUACCUUACCUCACAAAUGGGAGGCUAUUCAUGUCCGGAUAGCUCUGAUUAUAUAGAUAACCUACGGUUUGACUUAAAACCGCCUGAGAUUUACAUCAGGCGGAGUGAUGUAGACGCCACAAAGCAUAUAGCACAUUUGAAUAAGAACAAUGUCACCUUAUUUCCAUUCUUUGGAGGCUCAUGUUUGAAAUUCUAG